AUGGUUUGGCCACAUAUCAUGCCAUACAUUGUCCUAUUUCGUACUCUUCAUAAUGAAAAUAAAGUAGAUAGCCAAACAAAAGGAAAGUCCAUAUGGAAAAUCCGUCGUAUUCAAUUUUUUUACCGAGCUUUAACAUGUCUAUUUGUUUACAGUUGGUUACCAAGCUUUUUGAUACCACUUUUGGCCACUUUUGCAUGGAUUUGCUUUAUUAAACCUCACAAUCCUCUUCUUGUCGAACUUACUGGGGAACAUAAGUUUGGGUUUGGAGCAUUGAAUCUGAAUCUGGGUGAAGUGAAUUUUAAUCGUUGGUUAAAUUCACCUUUGGUCGUUCCUGAGUGGGUGCAACUAAAUAUUGCUGUUGGUUUUGUACUAACAACGUGGAUUGUUUCAUCGAUUCUAUAUUUUUUAAAUAUAUGGAAUAUGCGAAACAUGUCUUCAAUGAAAAGUGAAUCUCCUUAUCACGAAGAUGGAACUUGGUAUGAUUGGUCAAAAGUGAUAAAUUAUUCGGACAACAUGGAUAAUGUCCGUUUGAAUGUAACAGCAUAUGAACUAUAUGGAUCGGCGUAUUUCAGCCUUUCAGUCGUGAUCAAGUAUGCAUGUCAAUUAGCUAUUUUUCCGGCAUUAUUUCUCCAUACAAUACUUUAUCAUGGAAAAGAUUUGUUCCAACAGUUUCAAACGUCUCUUCGAAAUCGUGAUAAUGAUAUUCAUUGUCGUCUUAUGGCACAGUAUAAAGAAACACCAGAGCGGUGGUUUACAAUUUUAUUCAUUCUACCAAUUACAAUUACCAUUUUAGUUUGCGAUUAUAGUGGCAUAAUUUCUUCUAAUAAACUAUUAGGUUAA